AUGAAAGAAAGCGAUACCAUAGAGAAGAAACGCAGCUGUCACAAACAUAUUAACCAGCAAAUCAGCAACAACAUGGGGAACAGUAUCGAUCGCAAGGUAUCACCCACGCCCACGCCCAGCCCCACCGAGACCAUCAAGCCGAAAGAGCAAGAACAAGUUGUGGAACAGCAGCCGGAGGCGCCAAAGCUUGAUACCAAUCUGCCUCUGCAACUGUUCUGCUAUCGCCAGCAGUUGCCGGCCAAGAACCAUCAUACGAUGAAGUGGGCCACAGCCAAGCUGCUGCUCACAGAGGAGCUGCUCAAGCUCCAGCAGACCCAUCGUCCCAGGGCUCCCCGCUGUCCCUGGGAAAACUAUGAGGCGACGAGGCUAACGGACGAGGAGGAUAGCGAUGGCAACCAGGAGAACAGAGCUCCCAACAAUGAUGACCUCUCCCGAGAGCUGACCACUUUAAAAAACUAUCGCAUGGAAUUGCGCGAAACCAUCCUCAAGGUGGCCCACAAAAAGAAGACAAAGACCUCGCAGAAGAAACUGAAGCGUCUGAAUCGCCGCACCCUGAUCUCCUCGAAGAAGCCCAGCAACAAGGUGAAGGAGCCACAUAAGCCUCUAUACAAUGAAUGGCUCCUGGGCGAAGACGAGCCGGAAAGCCCCCUACAAGCAGACUCACUGCAAGAUGGGAGUCCCGUGAUGGUGGACCCCCCUGCAGCAUCAGCAAGGGACUCCCUCGCAUCUGGGGGUCAUCACCAUUGACUGAGAUCCCCUACCUGAUUGAACUGAAAACAACCCCCCUAGAUUUAGUUCACUUAGCUAAUUUGGUCGUUACACUAAUUCUAAUUGUACAUAUACUGUUUUUAUUUCCAUUAAAUUAAACCCAAUCUGCAA